CAUGACCCCCAGGCCCCGCCCGCGGCUAACGGUCAGCUGCGCCGCCCCGCGGCGUUCGCGUUCAGAGCUGUGGACGCCCGGGAAAUGGUCCUGGCAAGUGCGGACGCUGCGCUCUGCCCCAAGAACCCACUCAUCUGUAGGAGCCGCUGCCGCCUCAAGCCUGCCCGCAGAAGAGCUCCAACUGCCCUCCCCCUGGGAACCCGUGUGGGGACCGCGCGCGCAGAGGUUUCCCACCUGGCCGCGCCGCCGCUUCGAAGUCCGGGAACAGGAAGGACUCCAGCGGUCUUCCAGGGCCGGCGGAGGCUGAGCGCUGCGGCCUGUCCCCAGACGGGCCAGCCCUUCCACGCACGGUAUCCCAGCGUGGUACCCGGAUACCCCCGGGCCCGGCGGGCAGCAGUUGCCGAGUUGUCCCAUUUCCGGUUUCCUGCGGUUCCAACCACAGCUCUGUCCUAUUUGGUUAAGUUUGAGCCGGACGCUGUGACGGCAUGUUCAUAGCUAAGAUGCCGCACCCCCCCCCCGCCCCGCCACACCCCAAACUGUAUUUUCAACAAUUCGAUGGAAAUGUUCACUACUAACCAUGUUUCACAUUUAUUCACAUGUAUCACGACGACAAUCCCGCUGGCACCCUUUUGGCUGUCCCCAGUGUAUGCGGAGACCCGGCGUGGAAGAGCCUCUUUCAGGGGUAGCGCUCUACCAUGUUCCCGGUGCAGGCCCCUGGCAGCAUCCUGGGUGUGAGUUGCAUAUGGAGGGUAACCUUUCCUGCGCUCCUGGCAUUGUUGUCUGUGUGAUUGUGAUGUUUCACCUGCAGGGCUUUCUAGUCUGCAUGUGGGCACAGCUUGUGGCACGAGGAAACCCGUACGGUGCAGGGGCGGCUACCCUGGGAGGAGACCUGGCUAGUCUCGGGAGCCUGGGCCAUGACUGCAGCUGCUGCUUCCUUACCUGGAGACCCAGAGGCGCCCCUUUCCUUGACAGAGUAACAAGAAACUUAAAACCAAAGGAACAAGGUGCCCAACAGACCAUCUGGACUCUUCGGCCAUUUCUGUGAGGAGCUGCAAUGCCCUAGGGGGGGUGUCACUUGCUUUAAGGAGUAUAGUUUUGUUUUUCAGAAACCCUAGCCAUGGACAUGCCUCAUCCCACGAACCCUGCUCUGUAUCGUCUCACCAAGCACCUACUACAGAAAUAUCACAAGGCAGUGAGGCCAGUUCACGACUGGACUGAGGCCACCACGGUGUAUCUAGAUGUGCUUGUCCACGCCAUUUUGGAUGUGGACGCACAGAACCAAAAAUUGAAGACAAGUAUAUGGUACCACGAGGUUUGGGAUGAUGAGUUUUUAUCCUGGAACCCCAGCAUGUUUGAUGAGAUUAGAGAGAUCUCUCUACCUCUGAGUGACAUCUGGGCACCUGACAUCAUCAUCAAGGAGCUUGUGGACUUCGAAGGAUCACCCAACCUUCCGUAUGUCUAUGUGAACUCAUCUGGGACCAUUAAGAACUCUAAGCCUAUCCAGGUGGUCUCUGCGUGCAGUUUAGAAACCUACGCGUUUCCGUUUGACAUCCAGAACUGCAGCCUGACCUUCAGUAGUGCCCUGCACACAGUGCACGACGUCAACCUGGCCUUCCUGAGGAGCAGAGGAGACAUGAAGCAUGACAAGAAGGAAUUUUUGAACGACAGUGAGUGGGAGCUUCUCUCUGUGUCCUCAUCGCAUAACAUCCUACAGAGCUAUGCUGGAGAGUCUGCCCAGAUUCAGUUUCACGUAGUGAUUCGCAGGCGCCCACUGGUCUAUGUUGUGAGCCUGCUGAUUCCCAGCAUCUUCCUAAUGCUCGUGGAUCUGGGGAGCUUCUACCUACCACCCACGUGUCGUGCCAGGAUUGUGUUCAAGACCAGCGUGCUGGUGGGCUACACCGUCUUCAGGGUCAACAUGUCUGACGAGAUGCCGAGGAACGCACUGAGCACCCCUCUGAUUGGGGUCUUCUUCGCGGUCUGCAUGGCCUUCCUGGUUAUCAGCUUAUUUAAGUCCAUCCUGUUGGUCAGAUUCCUCCAUGACGAGUGGAGCGCCGGGCAGGAACGGCCCCUCUUGUGCCUUCAAGGGGUCACUGAUGCUGAUGGGCCUAGGACAGAUCCCAGAGCCCAGCUUGCUGGGGCAACAGAGCCCCACUUCUGUCAAGAACACCAGGUCCAGCCAGGGACCAUGAAGGAGGUCUGGUUCCAGCUGAGGUCCAUCAGCACCUACUUCCAAACCUGGGAGCAGGCGGAGCAGCAGGAGGUUACGUGGCUGGCCCUCCUGCAGCGUUUUGACCGACUGCUCUUUCAAGGCUACGCCGUCGUGCUGGGACUCUACGCUGUCACCCUGUGCUCCCUGUGGGCGCUGUGGGCCAGAUCGUGAACGUGGUUUCCUUGGGGGUGGAGAUGGGGGCACAUGGGAUAACAAACUCCUCACAUCUUAUUGCCUCUUGUCCUUCAGUGCAGGAGCUCACAGCUGAGGGGACACUGCAUGACCCAGGAUCAGGCAUUCUGGAAGAAAGUGCCUAGACAUCUUAAGGUCUACAGUGAAAAGGAAGCCUGCCUUCUUAUUCUGGUUCGCUCCCCCAGAGUGACCACCCUUAGCAAUCUCGUUCAGAACAUGCCUAGGUAUAUUACAUACA